GUGACAGCCAGCGACAAUGUGACAGCAGCGGCAGCAGCCGCCGACAACGUGACAGCCAGCGACAACGUGACAGCGGCGGCAGCAGCCGCCGACAACGUGACAGCGGCAGCAGCAUCCGCCGACAACGUGACAGCCAGCGACAAUGUGGCAGCAUCCGCCGACAACGUGACAGCGGCAGCAGCAUCCGCCGACAACGUGACAGCCAGCGACAAUGUGGCAGCAGCAGCCGCAGCCGACAACGUGGCAGCAGCAGCAGCAGCCGCAGCCGACAACGUGACUGCCAGCGACAAUGUGACUGCAGCCGCCGCCGACAACGUGACUGCCAGCGACAAUGUGACGGCAGCAGCAGAAAUGCGCGCCGACAGCGUGACUGCCAGCGACAACGUGACAGCCGCCAGCGUGGCAGCAGCGACAAUGUGA